AUGUCUGCAAGCACCAACGGCGCCGCGAGGGCGCCUACAAAGCCGAGCGCGCCUGAAAAGAAACCAGUCAAGAUUCUCAUGAUUCACGGCUUCACGCAAAACGGCCCUCUGUUCCGGGCCAAGACGCGCGCGCUAGAAAAGACGCUCACCAAGCUCCUCGCGCCCGUCUCCCUCACGCCGCAGCUGCUGUACCCUACGGGCCCGAUUCGGCUCAAGGCGAGCGACAUGCCCUUUUACGAGCCGCCCUCCGAUGCGGCCGAGCAGGAGCCCGAGACGUGGGCGUGGUGGCGGCGCAACGACGCUACGGGCCAGUACACCGGCAUCGACCGUGGGAUGACGACGCUGGCGGACGCCAUUCGCGAGGCCGGCGGCGUCGACGGCGUCGUGGGAUUUAGUCAGGGCGGCUGCGCGGCGGGCGUCGUCGCGGCAGCACUCGAGAGCGAGCGCCGGCCGUUGCCCGACCCGGCGGCGGGCGGCGUCGACGAGGACACCGCGGCGUGGGUCGCGGCGCUGCGCGCGGCCAACGGUGGGCGACCGCUCAAGUUUUGCGUCGUCUACUCGGGGUUCCGCGCCGCCGAUCCGGACGUGGGCUGGCUGUUUGAGCCCAAAGUUGCGACGCCGACGCUGCACAUCCUCGGCAGCCUUGACACCUCCGUGGACGAGGCCAGAAGCCAGACGCUGAUUCAGGUCUGCGAGGACCCGCUGGUCGUCACUCAUCCAGGCGGUCAUCAUGUGCCCGUUGCUAGAGAAUGGAUCAUGCCCUUGGCUGGCUUCAUCAAGCAGCACGUAUACGACAAAGAAGUCAAGGCAGAGCUGUAG